CUGCUGGAAAAUGGAAACGCGCUUUCAUGCAGUCAUGUAGUUGAGUGCUUUGGCAGAGUCGUCUCUAUAAAAAUGCUCCUUUUUCUUUUCAGUCUUACUUCUUGAUAUAUUUUGUUCCCUUUAUCUCCUCAUUGUUCACAACUGCAUCCGCAUAGCUACCAUCCACUCUAUACCUGUAUUCGCCUAAUUGGAUAUCACUAUUCGACAACAAUAUUCUUCCCUCACUUUCAUCAUGGCCUCUCCACAAGCAUCGACAUGCCCAUUUUUUCUUCGCAUACUUAUCUAUUUCCUCGGCGCUCUUUCCUCUUUCGCUAUCGGUGUGACAACCGUAUAUCCUCCCUUUAACGCUGUACCACCCACAAAUUCUUCACAGGUCAAGGCCUGGCUCAAGGAAAUCGACCUCUCUGGUGCUCCGAUUCUCAAGCUCAACCACGGAUUACCUCCUACCUGUCCACCUGCUAGACGGAUCGACCCUAAGGCCUGUUAUUGGACAUGUCAGAGCUGUGCUGCAGACGAUGUAGUGAUUUGCCCCGAUCGCAAUGUCUGGGGGCUGACAUUUGACGACGGACCAACAAAUGUGACCUCAGAUCUGCUGGAUUUCUUGCGACAGCAAAAGCUCAAGGCGACAUUCUUCUUGAUCGGCAGCAAUGUGGUGCAGUACCCGCAUAUCGCCAAGGCGGAGGUAGAGCAAGGACAUCAUAUUGCUUCACACACUUGGUCCCAUCACGCUCUGACUACCUUGACCAACGAGGAGAUCGUCGCAGAAAUGAAGUGGACAGAGAGAGCAAUCGAGGAUGCGACAGGAUACAGGGUCAAGUACAUGCGACCUCCGUACGGUGACAUUGACAGCCGGGUUCGAUUUGUCCUCAAAAAGUUGGGCUAUGUUGUGGUUGACUGGAGCGGUGAUACGUUUGAUACCCAGGAUUGGAGGAUUCUCGCGAAACAAAAAACUCCAAGCCAGAUCAUUGCCACCUUCAAGCAGUCCAUUAAUACGUACCUCAACAACAAUGUGGCCCACAGGAAAGGAUUCAUCUCGCUCGAUCAUGAUCUCACAGCCCAUACUAUCGAAGUUGCCAAAUCUGUGAUUCCCUACGGUCGAGCGCAUAAUCUUACUAUCCAAUCUGUUGCUAAAUGUCUUCACGACGCGAUGCCCUACGCAGCCAUCAAUGGAGUGAGCGUUGAUGAUUCGCCGCAUCCAGCUCCUGGUUCUCUCGGAUUGAACGCCGGGGCUCGAUCGAAUACCUGCACAAACAGUAGCAGGAACUGGGUGGCAGCGGACAAGGCGGUCGCACAUAUGGCUGCAGUCAGUAGUGCCAGUGCACUGAGAUCCCAUGUGCAGGGUCAGCACUUCUUGGGCGCCUUGUUGCCCUGGCGCUGGAGGUUAUCUGUGGAGGACGGGGAUAUGCAGCUGGCACGCAAUAUUCUAAGGUGGCUGAUGGUCCUGGAAGCGGUUGCCUGGUGGGGAGUGGUUCUAGGGAUGUAUUUCGUCGCCAACAUGGCAUCGUUCUAGCACUACGACGACUCUACCCGCAUGUGUUUAUUUUUUGCAUUUUUGUAUCCUUGCC